AUGAUGAUGAUGGCAUUCUUCAAUAGCAGCGCUCUACCGGUAUGGAUGAUGCUUCUGUUGUGUUCUCGUUUCACCACCGUCCAAGCAGACACGGUCCAAUUGGCCGAAUGUCCCAAGGAACCCAAUGUCGUUGGUGUUUACAUUAACAAUGGCAGUAAUUGCGUACGAGAACGCAACGAAAUGGCCCGAGAAAUUGUCGAUGCGACCUGCAAGACUGGUUGGGAAUUGAUCACCACGCCCACUCAAUCGCAAUCGUAUUGCCAACCAUCAUUGAAUGCCAAUGCUAAUACUAAUGAUAAUGAUAGUGAUACUAAUGAUGACAAGAGCAGCAACAACAACAACAACAGCAACAAGGAUCCGGCUUCCGUUCCAACCUGUCCCGUCGAUUAUCAACGAUACGGAACGCAAUGCCAUUCUCCCUGUCCCCGUGGUUACAAUUCCAAACGAGGCAAGUGCAUUCAACUCAAGGAUUCCAUGCCCCAACAUUCCAUGACUUGUCCGAACGACAACAACAACAGCAACAACAACAAAAAUUUGCAUAGAAUUGGUGCCUAUUGUUGCGAAUCGGAUCAAUGCGGGGAUUUGAUUCAAGCACGUCAUGAGAUUCGCAUCCAAAAGAUGCAGCAGCAAAAGGCGGGGAGUCAAUCGCAAAAUGCCAUUUUGCCCCCUUCCACCACCAGCCUCACGGAAUGCAAUUUGCCCAGUGUUCCCGGUCGUUUUUAUUACAAUCCAAUGACGGGACGAUGCGAUCGAUCUCGAAUUUCGGAACCAAGAGUUUGGAAGAAAUUGCCCCGGGACAAUAAGAAUCGAUACAUUGGGACGUGUGACGAAGAACGCGAAACCAAAGUAUUGGGAGGAUGUCAACCCAAGUGUCCACCUUAUUACAAAUCCCAAAAGGGCAUGUGUCAUUUGCCACCCUGCAGUAUUCCAUUUGGAAGAGGAAUGAAUGAUUACGACGAAAAGGAAAAUGACAAGAUGAAGAGCAACAAUGGAAUUGUCUUGUGUCCCGAAGGCAAGUAUUACUUGGCAUCGCAGUCCUUUUAA